UCAUGCUUCCUGUCUCAUGUUGCUGCCACUGCUGAUCCUGCUUCUCUAUUUGUCUCUGGUAUAACAUCUGCUGGAGGCUACACUCACACAGCCAGGGUUACUGUAGGUCAGAGACCCACGUGGUUUAACAGGAGGGGAGUGGUAAGGAGUACUGUGUUUGUUUGAGGGAUUCAUAGCAGAGAGACUAUCAAAGAAGUGUUGAGCAAGAACUUACAGCAGUAAGUGAAUACAUAGCUCUGUGGCAUUUUUCUGCAGCUGAGCCCUAUGCGUCCUAGAGAUUGUAUUAUUCUAAAAGGCAUGAGGGGAUAAACCAGCAAAACAGUGGAACAAGAAGUGGCACUGGGAUUGAAGAUGAAAGAGAAGUCAGUGGUUGAAACACUUUCCAUGCCCAUUGAGAACGCUUUGCAGCAGCAUCUACUUGAUACCAUGGAGUGCAGCACAGACUGGGACAUGGACAGUAUUCAGGAAGAGGCUUUACUGUGGUACCUGGACAGGUUAAGUUACAUUCCACAGGAGUGCGGGGUCCACAACACUGAGUGUGAAGAAGUUCCAGCUGUACUUAGUCCAACAUACAAACAAAGAAAUGAAGACUUUCGAAAACUCUUUAAACGGCUACCGGAUUCUGAGCGCCUCAUUGUUGAUUAUUCUUGUGCUUUGCAAAGGGACAUCCUAUUGCAAGGGCGGCUCUACCUGUCUGAGAAUUGGAUCUGUUUCUAUAGCAACAUCUUCCGUUGGGAGACCUUGCUAACAGUACGUUUAAAAGAUAUCUGUUCGAUGACCAAGGAAAAGACUGCCAGGCUCAUUCCAAAUGCCAUCCAACUCUGCACUGAAACUGAGAAGCACUUUUUUACAUCUUUUGGGGCUCGAGAUCGAACCUACAUGAUGAUGUUCCGGCUAUGGCAGAAUGCUUUGAUGGAAAAACCUCUGUGUCCAAAAGAGCUUUGGCAUUUUGUCCAUCAGUGUUAUGGGAAUGAGCUGGGGCUUACCAGUGAUGAUGAAGACUAUGUGCCUCCAGAUGAUGACUUUAACACAAUGGGUUUCUGUGAAGAAAUUCCUGUUGAAGAGGUGGAAGUAAAUGACAAUCCAUCAAAAAGCAGUAGUGAGGUAAAACCAGAGACCAAUUCAAACCUACAGGAUCCAUCUCUAACAAGCAGCAAUGUGACAUCCACUGCCAGCAGCGAUGCCCCAGCAUUUGAUGGGGGAGAGCUAGAUGAAAUUGACAACUCAUUAGAUAAGGAGAUUUUAAUUGCAAAUCUUGAAGAACAGACGGUGGAACUUCUUCCUCCCACCAUCACUUCACUGUCCUUGGACUUUAACGAUAAUGAAGACCUCCCCACUGAGUUGAGUGAUUCCUCAGAUACCCAUGAUGAAGGUGAAGUGCAGGCGUUUUAUGAGGAUCUGAAUGGUCGACAGUACAUGAAUGAAGUGUUUAGUUUUAAUGUGGAUAAGCUCUUCAGCCUUCUGUUCACCGAAUCUCAGUUCCAGAGGGACUUUAUGGAACAGAGACGCUUCACAGAAGUUAUAUUUCAACCCUGGAAGAAGGAAGCAAAUGGAAACCAGACAAGAGUUAUUCUGUACACCAUUGCACUCUCUAAUCCUUUAGCACCCAAAUCCGCCACAGUCACAGAGAAUCAGACAUUGUACAAGGCAAGCCAAGAGAGUGAGUGCUAUGUGGUAGAUGCUGAAGUUCAGACUCACGAUAUACCUUAUCACGAUUACUUUUACACCAUCAAUCGGUACACAUUGACACGAGUGGCCAGAAAUAAGAGCAGACUCAGGAUCUCAACAGAGCUACGCUAUCGGAAACAACCAUGGGGUCUUGUUAAAUCCUUCAUAGAGAAAAACUUUUGGAGUGGACUUGAUGAGUAUUUUCAUCAUUUAGAGAAUGGACUGACCAAAGCAGAGACGGCAUACUUAUCUGAUCUACACCAACAGUCCCCCAAAGUAAAAAGCAGCAAAAUCCCAUCCACACGCAGAAGGAAACGCCCCCAUACUCACUUGCGCAUCCCACAUCUACAUGAAGUCCUGAGCCCAGUAACUACUCCCACCGAUGAAGAGAGGCAGCAUCAUCAUCAUAUCAGACACGUCGCAGGGUCAACUCAAACGCGGCAUAUUCCAGAAGAGAAACCAAGUAAUUUACAAAGCAUUUCUAAACUCCUGCUGGUGAUCAGCUGUAUUUUGGUGCUGCUAGUGUUGCUCAAUGCAAUGCUUUUCUACAAACUGUGGGUGCUGGAAUAUAGUACACAAGCACUGACAACAUGGCAAGGCCUUAGGCUUCAGGACAGCCGCCUGCCUCAGUCACAAGCGGAAUGGACACAGUUGUUAGAAUCCCAACAGAAACACCAUGAUACUGAAAUGCAAAAAUGGAGGCAAAUCAUUAAGUCUUCGGUGAUGCUGCUGGACCAGAUGAAGGAUUCACUAAUAAACCUUCAGAAUGGAAUAAUUUCCCGAGACUUUGUUUCAGAAUCGGAAGAAAAACAGUACCAAUGAAAACUCCUGGUGCAGACAACCAGAGAAAAGAGUGCAAUAUGUGUAUAGAAAAGACUUGAAUGUAGAUAGAUAUAUUUGUAUACUAUGGAAGCAAAUGUAUAUAAUAUAAUACAUUUAAAAGAGAGCAGCUAUGUGGAUGAAUGUUUAUCUUCCUGCUGUCUGAGAUUGGAGGUUUUCAGAUAUUGGCACAGUUAUAUCUGACUUAAUUUCUCAGCACUUACUUUAUGUUCUAAAGAAAAGUCUGUGCCGCUCUUCCAUGGAACCAGGAUCUUUCCCAAUCCAAUGUACAAUUCUGCUCCAUUGCUCUACCUCCAAUGCCACAAACCUUGCAGAUCUCAGACUGACAUUGCCCUUCACCAUGGAGCUGUUCACUGGUGCCCUAAAGUGCUGUGGAGAUAUACACACAGACAGCCCAGUUAUCUGACUUGAGAGAAGAAUGGGGCUGUUGCACAAAAGCUCCAUGCGGAUAUUUCAGAAUAAAAUGAAGUGACUCAUCCGCCAAACUCCACUGCCACUAAGCACACGUCUGACAGUGCACCAUCUGUGAAUAACCUAUCUCCUAGAUGGAGAAAAUACCUGGAAGAAGUUUUUUUAACAAUACUUUUCUUUUAUUUGAGUAAUUUAAAGCUUGAAUUAUAGGGAUUUCUUUGUCUUACUUUUCACAUGUAUGGAAUUCCUAGUGUGGAUUAGGUUUUACCUGCAGUUUUCUUCUCAAACAGUAGCUGUUGGGCAAUUAAUCUACAUACAGACCAUUAUGUGGAGAUGACCAAUGAGUAUCUUGUUUUUAAAAUCCAGGGAGUUUCCAAAGUAUAAUGUUUCCAGUUAUAUGUGUACAGCCACUGUAGCAGAAUAGUUUGGAUUACCAUUUGCCUAACUUAAUUUUAACUGGUUACUCAAUGGUGCAAAUAAGAGAGUGCUGCUAAGAAUCAUGAGAGUCUCCAGGUUAUGACAUAUAUAUAUAUAUAUUUCACAGGCACUGAAAGAGAUGCCUCUCUUUGUCAUCUCAAUAUUGUUUUCUUCUUCUGGCUGCUUGCUCGCUUUUCUACUAUAAUGUAUCUAUAAAUGGUGUGUACUGAGAGCCAGACAGCUCCAAACACACCUUUGGAAAGGACUUUAUGUUGACCUGCAGGCUCUGGUUAACACUGCCAUAUUUCUGCUCAAUGACACAUGCUUUGAAGCAGCAAAUGAUAUUGAGGGUGUGGAAAGUGUAGUAUGUUUGGUAGCUGGCUGCCUGAUUUGUUAUAAGUGUGAUGGAUGCUUACAUGCAUAAGUAGUGGUGUAACUAGAGUGUGCCAGGCCCCCCUGCAAAAAAAUCUUUAGGAGAGGCCCAGCGCACUCCAAUCCCUAUCCUCCUCUGGGACCCCUGUUCCCGGGCCCCCCUGCGACUGUGGGGGCUGCUUCCUCUAUAGUUACGCCACUGUGAAUAAGAUGAUUCAUGCAUUCCUUAGAUGUAAUAUGAUCAGAGAAUUGGGAGAAUUUGUUCUUAGCACUUUUAUUAUAAAAAGCCACCUUACAAUGUUAGAAAAUAUUUUAAGAACAUUGUUGUGCUAUUGGUUUGCACUGGAUAGCGGGAACUGCAGUACAAAAGAGCAACAAAAUGUGUACUGAUGUCCUGUUCAAAUAUCCUAUGCCAAUGCAUGUCUGUGUUCAUUAUAAUAUUAUCUAACACUAAAGGAAGCUGAUAAAAUAAUGUGUUUAAUCCACAUGGGCCUAGAUAUUGGUCAUCUACCUACUGCUUGGUUUACUGAAGGGUGGAAAUAUGCUGAUUACAUUUCAGGUCUGGGGUAAAAAUGUUUAUGUUAAAAGUAAGCAUUCACUAUAAAACUGUAUAUAAUUGCCCCCCCCUCAAAAAUUGACUUCUGUUCUGCAAAUAAUCCAAAGAAAUUGCAAAGAAAUGAAUACUUGAAUAAGGUUUUUGGUAAUUUGUUUUGUAUCAUAGUUGUGAAAAUUUACCAGCCAAAAAAGUGACUCUCAAAUUUUACCCAGACAGUAUUGUUCAUUGACGUAAGUUGAUUGGUGAUUUUGACAGAUUCAGUUUUGUUAAUUAAAAAAGUUUUGUAAUACAAAAAUAGCCCUUCCUCUUUGAAAAAACAUGUUUGUCAAUAUAGGCUUGUAUUGGAAUAGUUAAUAUUUUUGCAUUCAUAAAGGUAUGAGCUCUAUUAACAAGAAUGCUGGGGACAUGGCUGAUCACAUAAUGUGGAUCGCCAUUUAAAUAUUGAACUACCAAUAUGUUUGUUUUGCCAUCAGCAUGACUUUAUAUACAUUUAAUUAAAGUCAAGUACAAGGUACUGUCUGUACUGAAAAAAUGAAUCACUGAAUCACUGACACUGAAUAAUUCUUUGUUUAAAUGGGACGCAAUGGAAAAUUGCUGCUCUACUUUGCCACUUUCUCGAUAACAGGUUUCCAGAAAAUAGUUCCCAUACCUAUAUUAUUGUUUUCUUUUUUCUUGGAAUAUAUUAAUAGUUAAAAUGCUAUAGAGGUUAACGUUCUUCAGAGCAUAUAAAUGGUUUACUCAAUAAGAAGUUAAUGAUUGAUGAUUGUAUUUUAUGCAGUUUGUGGACUGAUGCUUUGAAAGCAAGAAUUGCAAGGGGUCAGUUACAUGAUUUGUCAGAAUUGCUGAGCACAUCUGCCAAACAUGUAGUCAAAUAGUUGUAUUUAUCCAUAUAUAUAAGGUUACUGAGUAUGUAAUCAGUUGUUAUGCAUUUAACUGCAGGACCAAUCACAGUGGACAUAAAUAUAUAUAUAUAUAUACAGGUAUGGUAUCUGUUAUCGGGAAACCCAUUAUGCAGAAAGCUCAGAAUUAUGGAAUGGCCGUCUCCUAUAGACUCUAUUAUAAUGAAAUAAUGCAAAAACAUGAUUUCCUUUUUCUCUGUAAUAAUAAAUCAGUACCUGGAACUUGAUCCAAACUAAGAUAUAAUUAAUCCUUAUUGGCAUAUUGGGUUUAUUUAAUGUUUACAUGAUUUCCUAGUAGAAUUAAGGUAUAAAGAUCCAUAUUACAAAAAGAUCCGUUAUCCAGAAAACCCCAGGUCCUGAGCAUUCUGGAUAACAACUCCCAUACCUGUACUUCAGUCUGGGGACUCUUUUUGAGUGAACCAGAGUGUUGAUUGUUCCCCUUCGGCCCUGUCUCUCUUGUAUAAAUACAAGACCACCUGGUGCCUGGAGAGAUUCAGAUAGAGACUCUGUUCAGCUUUAAGAUUUUCAAAUAUGUGGGGUAAAAGACAUGUUUGGGGGGAACUAGUAUGGAAUAUGACCAAAAUUCUCCCAUAUUUCUUCAUUAAUAAUAAAAAAGGACAGUAUGUUGCACAGAUGUAGGCUUAUGAGCUAUGUAAAAAUUGAAAUGGAUUUGAAUAACAUUUAGGUAUUUAAAACAUAUAUAUUUGCAUUAAAAAAGAAAAAAAUACAACUAGUGUGAUGUAGCAUUUUAUUGUUAUUUUAAAUUAUAUUGUACAGCGAUGCAGUAUAUAUUGGAGCCUUAUAAAUAAAGGUUAAUAUGAUAUAUACUUUUGCUUCUAUGAAUUCUCCCCCAGGAAUUAAGGCAAAAGAGGUGAGCAGCAGCAUGAAAAUGAUAGCACCGUUUUGUACCAAAAUCUUGCCUUAAGUAAAUAACUAUUUGGGGGGACAUAUGCUAUUAUUAUAAACAAAUCAGUGUCUUAAUGCCCAUUGUUUUUGGUUAUAUGCCUCUAUUAAUAGGGAAUAUUUAAACAUGGUUCUUUUUUUUACUUGCUGAAAAUCUCUUAUUGUUUCAUGGUGUAGUUUUAUUUAUUUUGGCUUACAAAAAUAUGUAUUGCGCAGAUUUAUUUUAUCUUAUUGUACUAGAUGCACAUUAUUUAACAUCUUCAUUGGUCUUGGAUGUAAAGUUUAUUACUAAGUACUUUGAGGAUUAUUUAUUAAAGGUUGGAUUUUA